AUGUAUUGUGCCGUUAGCUAUUUUAAACCGAAUAGUGUAAUGGGUGAAGAUGGAUUUUCUAUUGAGGAAGCUUAUCGUGCAGUGUCAAAAAAUGGACCAAUUGAGACUUUUAAAAGGGAUUUAAAUAAAGUAGGUACUGGCAAGUAUUGGAUGUAUACUGAAGAAUAUUUUUAUCCAAGACAAUUUUAUAUAAUCAAAGUUGGACCAAAAUUUGGAAAUGAUACACAAGUUGACGAAAUAGAUAUACAAUAUAUUAUUGCAACUGAUGCCAGUAAAUUGUCUCUGACAGUCUAUGCAAGAGAAGCAAUGCUUUUCUUUAAAAAACAUAAUAAAGAAGUUAUGGAAUUUUUAAAAGGUAAAAAUUAUUUUAAAAAAUUAACAUAUUUUUAUAUAGAAAAGGGAUUUGGAGGAAAAUUAUUUUGGAAUUCCCCAAAACCAAUAUAUCAAGGAAAUGAUUGUGAUUGGCCAUCUGAGAGAGAAGUGUUUGCAAGAAGGUUAGAUUUUAUAGAUAAAUGGAAUAUGGAAGUAUGCUAUUCUAUCAAAUAA